CUGGUACGAUUCAACCGAACUAAAUGAGGCAGGUGUGAAAGCACCCUUAAAAACAUAAUGCCAUCAUCAUGACAUACUAUUUUGUAACAUUUACAUCACUGACCAGUGUAUGGUAAUAACAUAGCUUGCAAUGAGACUGUCUAGUCUUAUUAAAUGAACAAUUACAGUGAGUCUUCAAUACAAACAAGUAGUAGACCAUAUGUGAUAUUCAAUUAAACCAAAUUUGUUGUCAGGGAAAUUGCCUUUUAAUGCAUGAAAUAUAUUAUAUAGCCAUCAUAUCACAGUAGCAGCAUGAUCAGCUGAGAAUAGAUAUAAAACGUUAUGAUACAUAUCCUAUAUUUUAGCCCUACAAAAUACAUUACAAAAUAUUACAUCAUAUAAAUAGAGUCCAAAGCAUCUACUCAAAGGUCAAUGUAGUGUGCUUAUCUUUAUGAUAAGCCCCAAACACUAAGUAAAUUUGUGUUUGUACCUAAAAUGAAGAGAUUAGAGACUAGUACAAUUUUUCAACAAAUGGUUUUAUAAACUAGUUUAUUUAGAAAGACUAAAUACAGUUUAAAACAGGCUAAUUUUAUAAUGUCCUAGAAAGAGUACAAAUAUUAUUAUUUCGUUGGUUUCACAAUUUUAAGGAAUGAAGCAUAUUUACAAAGGGAAAUCAUGUGGUAACGGUUGCAUGUUUUUUAAUAAUAGUUAAAAUAUAUUUUUAGUACUAGAAUAUCAAUUCAAUAGAUGUUUUCAUUAGAUGCAGAAUGUCAGUGGCUCCUGAAUAUGUUAUAUAAUUGCUUAUUAAACAAUAUUUAAUUAAGUUUUACAACAAAAACGUGUUUGUGCCUCGAGGCCAAAGGACUGAAUUCAUGGUUUGUGCAAUGUGCUGAUAUGGGCGUGACAGAAAAAAAACACGACGGUUUUGCGCAUGCGCACAUUAUCGAACAUCUUGCUUUGGAGAUCAGCCCACACAGCAAUGAGCAGCAGUACGCAGAGCAGCAGCACUGUAGAUUUGUACAUGAAACAAUGUACUGUGAUUUCAAGACGGACGAAGAAUGUCCCUUACGUUGAGAGGGUGGGAGGUGUGACGGGUUUGUCCUGUUUUUCCUCUUGCUGUUGAGAUGACAUGAGAGCUCACAGCCCCGACUAGUGUUGAUCAGAAAGGGAGGGAGGUGUCCACCAUCCUCUGGCCAUCAUCAUUCUCCACAGCACCGCCAUCGCAUCACAGGGCUUUGUGUUGCGGACGUGCAUUUGUGUUGCAAGAGAUUUACAGUUGCAGUGUGGAAUGAGACACCGACUGGUUUGUAAGUGUCUUCUGUGAGAAUAAUGUUGCCGGGAGUGGGUGUGUUUGGAACAGGGCAGACGGUACGUGCCCUGGUCCCGUUGCUCCAAAAGGAAGGCUUCCCUGUUCAGGCCGUCUGGGGCCGUACACAAGAGGAAGCGGAGUCACUAGCCAGCGAGUUGGACAUUCCCUUUUCCACCAGCCAGACAGAUGAUGUGCUGCUACAUCCGGAGGUCCACCUUGUCUGCAUAUUGACACCUCCUCCACACACACGGCAGAUUGCGGUAAAAGCUCUAGGUAUAGGUAAAAAUGUGAUCAGUGAGCAAGCAGCUACACUGACAGAUGCCUGUAAGAUGGUGACAGCGGCAAGAUAUUACCCACAGCUUAUGAGUAUCAUGGGAAAUUCCUUGCGCUUCUUGCCUGCAUUUGUCCAGAUGAAACGUCUUCUAGGAGAGGGUUAUUGUGGGACCUUGCAGGUAUGCGAAGCACGUGUUUACGGAGGCUCACUGCUCAGCCAAUCAUAUGGCUGGGCAUGGGAGGAGCUUAUGGGGGGAGGUGGCCUGCAUACAGUGGGCUCCUGCAUCAUUGACCUCCUGAGCCACCUCACGGGACGUCGGGCUAUGCGAGUGCAUGGAAUGCUCCGGACUUUCGUACGUCAAGGUGGCCCAGCGGGAGGGAUUCGUUCUGUAACCGCAGAUGACUAUGCUUGCUUUCAGCUGCUGAUGAGCGGAGGUGUGGUCUGCAGCGUUACAUUAAAUUUCAAUCUACCUGGCACAGAUGUGCAUGAGAUCAUGCUUGUGGGGUCAUCAGGACGACUCAUUGCUCGAGGAACAGAGCUAUAUGGCCAACGGACCAACAUGCAAAUAGAGGAGCUUCUUUUGACUGAUGGUGGAGAAGGUGUAGGGCCAUCUGUCAGGGGACUGAACAGCAUGGUGACUCAGCUCAGACUCUCUUUUCAGGCACAAGAGGACAGGCGCUCUUGGGUGCGGCAUCCUGUUUCCAUGGCAGCCUCCUUCGAGGAUGGGCUGUAUGUACAGACAGUUGUGGAUGCUAUCAAACGAUCGAAUCGCACUGGAGAGUGGGAGUCAGUGGAGGUCAAGAUACAGGAUGUUGACCCAAACCACAACCACAGGACCCUGCCAAACUAACACUACACACACUGUUACAUUCUAUUCUAUCUCAAGACCAAGCCUUUUUACAUCAUUCACUUUCUUUUAUAAUCAGAUAUCCAUGCUUUCAUUUUAAACAUAAAGUACCUGAAACUGAAUGCUAAAUUUAACUGAACGUUCAUGCGUACUUACUAAAAGUUUUAAGUUAUCAGGGGAGUUAGGUCGCAAAACACUGGAGAUGCAUCACUGGUUAGGAAUUGUGGUUUCAGGGUUGUUUUGUUGCCUACUGUAACACAAAAAAAAUGUGCAAAGUUUAUCUGUGAAAACUUAGUGCUUUCCUUCUUUUUUGUGAUCAGUUUAAAUUUUUAGUCACUGGGUUUAAGUGUGAGACCCUCAAGUUUUUAUAUUUUAUAUGAGUAGUGAAUAUAAGCUUGUGCUCUGCUGAGGAUUUUUCUGUAUAUGUGCGCAUGAGAGAGAGCUUUAUGGCACUGAGAAACGUACUAUGCUGGACACUAGAUAUCAUUUACUGUAAUAAACCUGUUGUGACUUAUAUCCAAUGCAUUGGACAUGUUAACGGUUUUACUAAGCUGCACAAAGUUUUUUAAAUUAUAUUUUCAUUGCUGAAUUUGCGUCUGCACUGUUUAAGUGUGAGUGAUGGGUUUGUGUGUGGAUGGUGUUUUUAUUCAUUGUUAUAAGUUUAAUAAUAAAUAUUUACUUAAUUUAAUUAAAUAUUCUUACUUCUGGUUUUUACAUAAAUACCUGUUGAAUAACAACAAAUAUUUACCUUAUUUAGUUCUUUUUAAAUGUGGCUUUAACACGAAUACCUACUGGUAUUUUAGAGGGGGCGCUAGAGGCUCAUGUCUAGAUGGUAACCCUCGUCUGAACUUCUCGCGCGAUUUACAUACUUAUUUGAUCCUACAUCAGUGAUGGACAGAAAAAAAUUAAACUUUGCAAAAUGUAAAGAAUCGCAAGCAGAGGAUUCUCAAGCUAUGUAAAGCUUUGUCAGUUGCUUUUUUUAUUCAGAUGUACUACUAAUGUAAAGUUUUGUCAUUACAUGUGUUGGACUUUAAGAUUUAAUAAAUAUUAAAAGAAAAA